AUCUACCAAAGGUACACUGUAUGUUUCUAUGUUUCUUUGUUACUGAUUUCAGACAAAUAGAUCGAAGGGUUGUCACUUCCGUAUAUCCUUAAAGGGGGAUAGUGUUAAUUCCUUGCUUUAUAUUUUCUGAUGGCUUUACGAGGAGAUCAUUUCAGGUCGAAUUCUUACUAAAUCGUCGCUUUUGAAUCCAUUUCUUCUUUCAGUGAACGUUUUACACUAGCAAAUUUUGUUCCAGUUAUUAUAUUUUAUAUUUUUUUUUCGCGGAGAAGGAUUCGCUCCGUUGUGGCUGGUUGUCGUUCAACAGAUUAAUGCAACCUUCGUUCUGCGAGGGUUUUGGGUCAUGUUAUGCCGGUGAAAUAUAGAGACUCCUUUAGCCCUUACAGGAGAGUCUACUGGCCUUUUUGUGUCUCUUUUCAUUUCAGAAGGGGGCAAAUAUCGCCGACCAAGAGCUGAAACUGCGGACCCGUCGAUUCAUUUCAUUCUAAGGAAUUUAGGAAGUACACCCACGCGCGUUUUAAGAUGAAAAGGUGUUUGGACGCACCGCACCCUCUCUUAAAGAUAGCUGAAAUGUCUGUAGACGAACUUUCUUACGAAACCGUCGAAGAGCUCUGUGGUGCCCUAGAGAGGGGUCCUAGCGUAACCUGGAAAGCGCUGAUGGAGUCAACAGUGUUUCGUUCAAUCUACACUGAGAAGGUUGCACCUACGAUCCAGUGCAGUAAAGAUUUGCUAACUGAUAUGGCUGUUCGGGAAAUAAAGCUGCCACGUCUGGUGGAUGGUUUGAGAGAGAUUGGAAAUAAAAAGGCUGUAUCAAUAAUAAUGAGAGGCAUACAGUUCUUGGGUGGACGCCCUCCCCCUGGCUGGAAUUUAGAGCGCAGGGAACUAGCAGGAACAUUACCACAUCCGGUGCAGGAAUCCGGAAAAGCCGCAGAAGGCGCCGACCGUCCUUCCAUGCCUCGAUUUGAAACUUCAGUGAAUGUGAUAGAAACUAUGAUUUCUACAUUUUUCCCGUGCUUUACGGCACUUUUUCGUCAAACGCCUUGAGUAGAAACAUUUACAAACAACCCCUUGUUUUUAUAAAAGCAAUAAGCUGGUAGUUAGGUUUAGACAAGUACUACAAGUCUAAUUUCACUUAAUAAUCAGACUAAGAUCUUUCAUGGUAGCUCACGGUAAAAUCCGCCAUGUGAAGAAUGGGCAAGAACUAGCACGCCUUACACUGCCCGUGUUUAAAAUAAUAGUGUGCAAGCUCGAAUUUUAUUACUAAUCAUUUGUCUAACUCAGGCUUAAUGGAUUAGCUCGAGUUAUAUUAUUAGUUCAAGUUACUUGAAGAUUUUGCAUAUAUUGGAAAGUAAGUUAAUUUGUUUCAAAGUCGCAUUGAUAGCAUUUCAAUACGCUUAGCUGUAAUGUAUUGUAAAACUGCAUUUUAAUUGUAUUUUAAUAUCUAGAAGUAAUGUAUUGUACACGACCCCACAAGCUUUCAGCUUUCGUACAUAUCGUGUAUAAUUAAAUAAAGGCAACCUACCUACCUAUGUGAGUGCCUCGUGACAAAUUAUGAUUAACCGAAUUGUGGAAUUAACUUACGUGGAGUAUAUAAAAUCAAAAAUUAAAGGAAUCAUGGUAACAGA